GCUAAAGAUUAAAUAUAAACAUUAAGCUCCAUUCUGUCUUUCUGAACUGAAAUAAUUUAAUUGUCUCGAACCGAAGCACUGAAAGUAGUUCCGGCUCCAAGGCCAAUCACGGGUUUAUAUUAGUGUGCUAACAUGCGUAUAUUUUACUCUGACCCCCCUCCCCGUCCCUCUGUCUGUCUGUCUGUCUGGCUCGCUCUGUCUGUCUGGUUUGCUCUGUCUGGCUCGCUCUGUCUGUCUGUCUGUCGGUCUCUCUGUCUGGCUCACUCUGUCUGUCUGACUCACUCUGUCUGUCUGGCUCGCUCUGUCUGUCUGACUCACUCUGUCUGGCUCGCUCUGUCUGUCUGUCUGGCUCGCUCUGUCUGUCUGUCUGGCUCGCUCUGUCUGUCUGGCUUGCUCUGUCUGUCUGGCUCGCUCUGUCUGUCUGACUCACUCUGUCUGGCUCGCUCUGUCUGUCUGUCUGGCUCGCUCUGUCUGUCUGUCUGGCUCGCUCUGUCUGUCUCUUUGUCUGUCUCUUUGUCUGGCUCUCUUUGUCUGUCUGUCUCGCUCUGUCUGUCUGUCUCUUUGUCUGGCUCUCUCUUUGUCUGUCUGUCUCUUUGUCUGGCUCGCUCUGUCUGUCCGUCUCUCUGUCUGGCUCGCUCUGUCUGUCUGUCUCUUUGUCUGGCUGGCUGGCUCACUCUCUCUGUCUGGCUCGCUCUGUCUGUCUGUCUCUUUGUCUGGCUCUCUUUGUCUGGCUCUCUCUUUGUCUGGCUCUCUCUGUCUGUCUGUCUCUUUGUCUGGCUCGCUCUGUCUGUCCAUCUCUCUGUCUGGCUCGCUCUGUCUGUCCGUCUCUUUGUCUGGCUGGCUGGCUCACUCUCUCUGUCUGGCUCACUCUGUCUGUCUCUCUCACUGUCUCUUUCUCCCCCCUCUCUGUGUCUAUCUGCCUCUUUCUCUGUCUCUCUCACCCCCACCCCACAGUUAGCCGAGGCAUUGGCAUUGUUUGAGGUUGAGAUGCUGAAAGCAGAGCGUCUGCAGCCGGAGGAGUUUAACUACACUGUGCUGAUUGGGGGAUGUGGACGUGCCGGAUACAUAAAAAAAGCCUUUAAACUUUACAAUGAUAUGAAGAAGCGAGGUUUGGAGCCAUCGGCCGCCGCCUACACGGCUCUGUUCAACGCCUGUGCCCAGUCUCCGUGGAAACAGUCAGGUCUGGAGCAGGCGCUGAAGCUGCGUCAGGAACUGCGCAGGAAGAACAUCCCUCUCAACGCCAUUACCCAUCAUGCUCUGCUCAAAACGGUGGCGCGGGCCGGAGACCUGAAGGCUUGUUUUCAAGUGCUGCGGGAGAUGCUACAAAGUGGGCAGGCCAUUACACAAGAGACAUUUCAUUACUUGCUGAUGUGCUGCGUGGAGGACAAAGAGCAGGGCUUCAGACUGGCACUACAGGUCUGGCACCAGAUGCUUAGUGCUGGUAUAAAACCAGACGUCCAGAACUAUAACAUCCUCCUGCGCGUGGCAAGGGACUGUGGGAUCGGCGAUCCUGCCUUGGCUUCUAAAUUACUCCUGAGGAGACAGGAGGAGUCCGUGUCAAAACUCACAGCUCAGAGGAGAGGCCAGAGGUCACGGCUGAGAGAGGGGGCGUGUCACCCGGAGCCUUUAGACGUGGAUGUGUUCGAGAGGCACGUGCUCACCGACAUGGCGUCGGCUCCCGCACAGCUGACUCUUGACUUGGACUCGAAACAAACUCAGCUGAUUCCUGCUUCCUCGUCAUCCUAUCUGGCAACGUCGCCAUCGGUCCCAAACCUGCUGGACCCGAGCACCUGUCACUCACACGUGGUCGCCUUGGCAACAGCGAGCACCGCGUCCAAUAGGCUGGCGCUGAUCGGAGGCCUCGACGGGUUUCUGGAUAAAAUGUCCAGCGACGGAUUGAAACCCAGCAUCAAGACUCUCACGCUGUUGGCUGACGUCACGGAGCCCAGCAGCCAAUCAGUGCGCAGCCUGAUCGAUGUGGCCAAUCAGGGCGGAGUCAAGCUGGACGUGGGUUUCUUUAAUACGCUGAUCAGGAGAGCUGCUAAAGCAGGAGACGUGGAGGGAGUGAAGGCCGUGAAGGCGCUGAUGCUGGACAGGAAGUUGCGUGUAAACGCUCAGACGUUCUGCAGCAUGGCUCUGGCCUGUCGCACGCCGAACGACGGACUCCAGCUCCUCACAGACAUGGAGACGUGCGGUGUGGCAGCGAACGCUCACGUGUUCAGCGCUCUGAUUGGUCAGGCCACGCGGCGUCUGGACUACGUGUGGCUGCACGAGCUCCUGCACCAAAUGCACCGGAUGCGGGUUUCACCCAACGAUGUCGUCAUCAAGCAGCUGGAGUUCGCAGCACAGUAUCCGCCCUGCUACGACCAGUACAAGUCGAAGAACACAUACUUGGAAAAGAUCGACGGUUUUCGCGGCUUCUAUAAGCAGUGGCUGGAGUUUAUGCCUGCACAGGAGACACCACACCCGUGGGAGAAAUAUCACCAGCCUCAGACUGAGAUCGAGGAAGAUGGAGUCGAGUCGGUUCACGGGAGCAACAAACCCAGUCAAUUGAGCUGAUUUACUAAAAAUGUAAAAAAAUAAAUAAAAGUAUUUUGUCUUCACAA